CCUUUCUAUCUCCCUCUCACCACCCCUGAGUUCCACCUCAGGGUGCCACAGAGAAUUCAAAAGAGGAGCACAGAAGAGAGAGAAAAGAAGAAGAGGAGGAAGAGAAAGGUGCAGAGGGUCCGAAAGAAGAGAGAGUGUGUGCGUGUUUCCGUCCGUGUGAUCACCUCGGGCUGGGACGAAGAGUAAGAGGGGAAUUAUGAGCCAGACAGAAGGCGCGACAUUCCCGUUGGUGGCGGUCGCCGUUGACAAGGAUAAAGCCAGCCAGAGCGCCUUGAAAUGGGCUCUCGACAACAUCGUCACCAGGGGCCACACCAUCACCCUGAUCCAUGUCAUAAACAAGCACGCACCACCGGGGCAACAAGACGACCCUGCCUCUGCAGGCAGUCAUGCAAAGGAUCUAUUUGUCCCCUUUCGAUGUUUCUGCACCCGUAAAAAUGUACAAUGCAAGGAUAUCAUACUUGAAGACACUGAUAUAGCAAAGGCAAUCAUAGAGUUUGUCUCGCAUGCUGCUAUUGAAAAGCUUGUUGUUGGUGCACCUUCAAAAGGCGGAUUUGUUAGAUUUAGGACUACAGAUGUCUCUACCAGUGUUUCCAAAGGUGCACCUGAUUUCUGCACCGUCUACAUCAUAUCCAAAGGGAAGGUGUCCUCCAUGAGGAAUGCUGUCCGACCAGCACCAACCGUCUCCCCAUUCCGGGCUCAAAUCCAAAGCCAAUCAAGUAUAAGAAACGAACAUGUAGACCCACCUCACCCUCAUGGUGUCAGAGGUGAGGCAGCAUUAGGGACUUGGAAUGUGCAGAGUGAACGGGAACCAAUCAGGUCACCAUUCACCAGAGGAACACGUGCCUCAACUGGAAGAUCAUAUGCAGAGAGUAUAGGAGAGAGUGAUAUAUCAUUCGUGAGUGGUGGCAGGGCAAGCAUUGAUCGCAGCGAUAUAUCAUUCAUGGGUGGUGGCAGGCCAAGCAUUGAUCGCAUCUUUAAUCAGAGGAUGUCCAACGUGUCUGACAGCUUAGAUAACAGCUUUGAGAUGCAAUCACCACGCAGGUCAGUGGUUGGCGGUUUCUCAUGUGGGACUGCAUUCUCUUCAAUGUCUCAGGACAGCACAUCAUCAUCUCUCACCAUGGAAGAUGUGGAGGCGGAGAUGAAGAGGCUGAGACUAGAACUCAAGCAGACAAUGGACAUGUACAGUACAGCCUGCAAAGAAGCACUCACAGCCAAACAAAAGGCAAUGGAACUCCAUCGUUGGAAGAUGGAGGAAGAGAGGAGAUUAGAGGAAGCUCGAAUGGCGGAAGAAGCAGCUUUGGCCUUAGUAGAGAGGGAGAAAGCAAGAUGUAAGGCAGCCAUAGAGGCAGCUGAAGCCUCCAAAAGGAUCGCAGAGUUAGAAGCACAGAAGAGAAUCAACGCAGAAAUGAAAGCGCUCAAAGAGGCUGAGGAGAAGAAGAGGGCGUUGGAUGCUUUAGCAAAUACAGAUGUGAGGUAUAGGAAGUACACGAUAGAAGAGAUAGAAGUGGCCACGGAAUACUUUUCUGAGAAGCGGAAUAUUGGAGAAGGUGGCUAUGGUCCUGUCUACAAAUGUUACCUGGACCACACACCUGUCGCCAUUAAAGUUCUGCGCCCAGAUGCAGCUCAAGGGAGAUCUCAGUUUCAACAAGAGGUUGAAAUUUUAAGCUGCAUUAGGCAUCCAAAUAUGGUUCUUUUGCUAGGUGCCUGCCCAGAAUAUGGCUGCCUUGUCUAUGAAUAUAUGGCUAAUGGGAGCUUGGAAGAUCGCUUGUUCCGGCGAGGAAAUACACCACCAAUCCCUUGGCAGUAUAGGUUCCGCAUUGCUGCUGAGAUUGGCACAGGCCUCCUCUUUCUGCACCAGACAAAGCCAGAGCCGCUGGUCCACCGAGACCUUAAGCCUGCAAACAUCCUCCUUGACCGAAACUAUGUCAGCAAAAUCAGCGAUGUUGGCCUUGCCCGCCUGGUUCCCCCAUCUGUUGCAGAAAAUGUCACUCAGUAUCGCAUGACCUCCACUGCUGGAACAUUCUGUUACAUUGACCCUGAAUACCAGCAGACUGGCAUGCUUGGUGUAAAGUCCGACAUUUACUCUCUUGGGAUCAUGCUGUUGCAGAUAAUCACUGCAAAACCUCCCAUGGGGCUGACACAUCAUGUGGAACGCGCAAUUGAGAAGGGAACGUUCACAGAAAUGUUGGAUCCAUCAGUGACAGAUUGGCCAGUGGAGGAAGCCUUGAGCUUAGCCAAGAUAGCACUCAGUUGUGCAGAGCUGAGACGGAAGGACCGGCCAGAUCUUGCUACAGUAGUGUUGCCAGAGCUUGAAAGACUGAGAAAUCUUGGAGAAGAAAAUAUGCAACACUGUGCAUCUUUUGGCAGCUCACACACCUCACCCAUACACAGCCAAGUUUCUUUGCCGGAUGUCUUGAGUGGCCCUCUACCUGGACGAUCUGGAUAUGAAAGCUCAAUAACCCAAUCAAGUGCAUCAUCCAUGUACGGAAGAUGAUAAACUGCUGCCACAGAAUAUAGGGAACAGAUAAACCUGACAUAAUGCUUACUGAGAAGUACAGAAGGCUAUUUGCAUAAGGAACCAAAAGAAUAACAUGCUUGCUCAGGCAGCUUUGCAACCAUUGCAGAAGCUGAAAAUCCAUUUUGAAGUCAACUUCCCAGCACUUGCGUAAAACCAGUUGUUAGCUUUUAAGUAACAGAGCAUUCCCUCUGGGAACAGACAAGCAUGCUUAAGAAAACAGCAUGAAAAAUCAUUACUUUUCUUAUUCCCGUUUGGUUCAAUCUGGAGAUCUAACUUUUGUCAUUUCAGAUACCUGGAAAGAAAUAGUUAAAGAAUUCUCAAGUCAAGGGCUGAGGCCUGGUGACAAAUCAUUAUGAAGGUGCACCUUCUGCAUCAUGGUAUUGUCUAAAGAUUAGGGUAAAGAAAUUAUAGUUUGUAAUCUGUAAUUUUCAGAGCUGCUUAGUUACAAUAUGUACUGUCAAUACGGCUACCACUUGUACCAUUUUGCACGAAAAAUUUUGUCUUCACAAUUUUUCUUUGAAAAAAUGAUUGCUGAUG